UAUGUUCUCUUCCGUUAGUUCCGGCUACGCGGAUGGACGCGAACAUGGCGGCUGAGGGAGAUGUGGAUUUGGACCUGGAGGCGGAGGAGAAUUGCACCGGGAAACCAACAGAAAAACCACGCAAACACGACAGCGGGGCUGCUGAUUUAGAAAGAGUCACUGAUUAUGCAGAAGAGAAAGAAAUCUCGAGUUCUGACUUGGAAACGGCCAUGUCUGUGAUUGGCGACAGGAGAUCCAGAGAACAGAAAGCAAAACAGGAAAGAGAAAAAGAAUUGGCCAAAGUUACGAUUAAGAAGGAGGAUGUCGAGCUCAUUAUGGCGGAGAUGGAGAUUCCACGUGGCAUGGCCGAGCGCAGCUUGAGGGAACACAUGGGGAAUGUUGUAGAGGCUUUGAUUGCACUGACCAACUGAACUGUUAAGACCCAGCUGUGACGGUAGCAUGGGCAGCGGAGUGACUCUGCUUCACGCUGAAAUCUCAUCUGUAAUCAAACAUCUUACCCGUUACUAAUCCAGUUCAGCCAGGUUCACUUCUCGGCUUUUGUAAAGACUUCCUUAAUUUUUAGUAAAUUUUUUUUUUUUUUUGUACAAAAUACUCAGUGGGUGAAAGACCAAGGUAUGUUUUAGAACCAAAUGUUCCUGUUAUAGUAAUUUAUUCACACUGAAAACCAAGAUUUUUACAAAGGUCUGAGUAGAACAAAAAUUCUGUAAAGGAAUCCAUCAAAUGUACAAAAUUAAAAUGCAAUAAACUAUGAUUUGUUGCCACACUAGAA